AUGGCAAUUCCUUCAAGCCCGAAGCUCGAUGGCUUCGAUGUGCUUCAAACAAAUUUCAAGCAUGUUGGAGACCAUCCCAUUCGGACCGACAUUCUCGUCCCCGAGAAGCCUCACACGGGCAAACGGCCAGUAAUUCUCCGUUUCCACGGCGGCGGUCUGAAGGAACCAGCGCCCAGAUCUAUGAAGACAUGGAAGAUUUCUGGUCCUGGCUCCACUCCCCCAUCUCUCGCGGAACUACUAGCCGCACACACUACGCCUACAGAGGUCGAUCUCGACCGCAUUCUGACCGCCGGCGAGUCCGCCGGCGGCCUGUUAAGCGUCUAUCUGGCUCUGUCGCAUCCAAACGAGAUCCGCGCCGCGACAGCCGCCUACCCGGCCGUCGAUAUAGGUUCAGAUGACUAUGGACGUCCGCGAGCGAGUCCAUGCUUUGGAAACCAUGUUCCCGAAUCAGUGAUUCAGGCGGAAGAAAGCGCUGCUCAGAUGGGGACGGCCGAGUCGUCGAUUACGAAGGAGUCUCGCAUAAGGUACAUGCUUGCCGCGUUGGAGCAUGGCAUGCUGAACCAAAUUUAUGAGCGCGGCACAGAGGGGGUUCCGCGGGAGGUGUUGUAUCCGAUGGUGAAGUUGGAGAAACCCGGGUUGGAGAUUCCGGUGGGUGGCAUUGCGAUUAUACAGGGUCGGCAGGAUAGUGUGGUUCCUGCUGGUGGGGUUGAAAAGUUUGUGGAAAGGGCGAGGGAGGUUACGAGGGGCAAGGCUGGGAAUGAGGGGCUAGUGCUUACUAUCCGGGAUGGGGAGCAUGGGUUCGAUGAGGGGUCAAGGUAUAGUGAGGAGUGGUUGAGAGAUACGUUCAAGGUUGCGGUUGACGCUUGGGUGAAAUAG